AUGAACGAUUUGAGUCCGGCUUCGGCUGAAUGGUGGUCACUCGUUGAAGGUGAAGCUGAUGCCCUGUACAUGCGCUGGCAGCUCGCGAGUCCGCUGGACCGUAUCCGUAUUGUGCCCGAGGUGUCGGCGACGUUGGGCUUGGCAGCCUAUCAGCGGCUGGAAGCGCGGGCUUACCAGAUGUUAGUGCGUGCUGUGCCGGAGCAGAUCCAUCAAGAUCUGGUUGCGAGUCGUCACAUUUCCACUGUUGCUUUGCUGUACCGGGUUUUAUGUUUGUUUCAACCCGGUGGUUUGGCGGAGAGACAGCAGCUGUUGCAAGGUUUAACGGCGCCUCCUGCGGUGUCGUCUUUUGCCGAUCUGAGUAACGGUUUGCGUCGCUGGUUCCGGUGGUUUGGUCGCUGCGGUCGCCUUGGAGUGCAGGUUCCUGAUGCUUCCCUGCUGUUGCAUGGUGUUGAUCAGUUGGCAGCGAAGCUGGUAGCAAGUGAUGCUCAGUUGUCCUUUCGCAUGGCCAUGUUGAGGAACACGUUGAGGCUUGACUACACGCCUGUUGUAGAGGCUGUCGCCGAGUACGCUAAGGCGGUUCAGGCUGAGGCCGAGCUCAUGAGCAUCAGCGGAGGCGAUGAUCCCAAGAAGAGGCCGAGAGUGGCUGCAUUGUCGAGGCCCCCGUGCAACUUCUGGAUGACCCCUCAAGGUUGUGCUAAUGGCCGUGCUUGUCAACAUCAUCAUGAUUUGCAGGCGGUUCAGGGUGUCGGUCGUUGUUGGGAGUGCUCUUCAGAGCAGCAUAUGCGUCCUGAAUGCCCUGUGUACAAGAAGAGGACUGAGGGUUCUGAAGGCGGCGAUAAGCGUCGUGAAGAGGGAAAGGGCGCAGGGAAGGAUAAAGGAAAGAAGGGUAAAGGAAAGUUUAAAGAUGGCAAGGACAAGGAGGUAGAGGUUUCGAAGGAGCAGGACAAAGGCAAGGGCAAGGAUGGCCAGAGGAAGUGGGGUUCCUGCUUCCUGUGUGGGUCUAUGGACCAUAAGAAGCCUGACUGCCCGUUGAAAAAGCCCAAGGUUGCUGCUGCGGCUGUUGCUCCCGAGGUUGCAUCUUCUGAGGCAGCGGCCGCAUCUGCGUCCGCUAGCGCAGGCCCUUCGAGUGCACAGCUUGUGGAUGAAGCCGUGCGGGCGUUAAAGAGUUUCCGCGUGAGUGCGUUGAAGUCUUCUGGCGUGCCUUUGGGUCUUGGGGGUUCUCGGGUUGAGCUUAAAUCAGGCUUUGGUGAUAGUGACCGUGUUGAGGGGUCUGAGCGUCGUGGCUUGAUUGAUGGUGGAGCGACACAUCCUUUGAGGCAGGGGUAUGAAGAGGAGUUUCGGGGCGCUGUGCCCACUCGCGUUGGUCUUGCUUCUGGUAGCACAACGCUCCACCUCAGCCCUGUCAACACGCUGUUGUCCAAGGACCCUGUCGAUCCUAUCAUUCCGUUGCAUGCAGUCUGUAGUGAGCUUGGUUACCGAGCUACGUGGGACGGGGAGUCUGGUUGUGUCCUUACGCAUCCCAAGAGCGGCAGGCUUGACAUCAAGAUGGUUGCAGGUUGCCCUGAGUUGCCUGCCAGUAAGGUGGAAUCGAUGAUCAAGCAGCUCGAGCAGCUCAGGGCUACCAAGGUGUUGCGUGCUGUCUCGGUGUUGAACUUGCGUGGCGAGGCAGGUGAGGAGGUGGAGCUUCCAGAUGUGCUUAGCGCCCAUGUUGGUGACAUAAUCGGCAUUGAAGUUGGCUUGCCCAAGUGGGCUUCUCGUUCUUUUCCACAUCUCGACCCAGAAUCCGUGAGUGCCUUGGUGCCGAAUCUGGUGGUUGACACUGUCUUGCUGCCCUUCAACCGUAGGAAGCGCCGCCAAGUUGAAUGUGCAAAGGGUGUGAUGCUUCACUUGUUUGGAGGUUCGAAGCAGUGGGGCGCAGCCCCGGGUCGUGUGUCGUUGAGCGUGGAUUGGCAACGAGGAGUUGAUUUUGAUGCAGUGUAUCCUUUCCUCCUGCAGCUUGCUGUGAAGGGCCGAGUCGAAGGUGUCGUUGGCUUCCUUCCUGAUGUGAGACCUGGAUCAGAGCUUUUGUAUUUGAAGGUGUGCAUGCUCGUUGCGGUUGCUAGAGCGGCUCGCGAGCGAGACAACGUCUUUGUUGCUUUAGGUUUGAAAACCCCCAAGGAUGAGUCUUUGUUGAGCUGGUUUGAAGCUGGCCAAGAGGUUCUAGGGGAUCUUCAUGUUGCCGAGGCUCAGAACAUCAGGCUUCCCAGGUCCUGUGUGGGCGUAGCGAGCUGUGGUCAGCAUCUUGAUUCGCUUGGCUGUGCUUGCAACGUGGAAGUGCACACAUCGUCGUGGCAGGUGUUUGAGGGUCUUCACAGGACAUGUGGUGGUUCGGCAGCUUCUGUGACUAAACUGCUGGGCUUGGCGUGGCUAGACUGGGUUCGUGAUCCCGAGACGGUCGUUUCCGAUGGCCUUGACAGGGAAGGUUUGCUGCUGGACUUGAUAGAGGCCGAGCUGGACUCUGGCCAAGAUGAGCCUAGGCUUGCGAAGGCCUCUUCCCUUGAAGCGUUUAAGAGCCAUGUUCUUGCUUGCCAUCGCCCUUAUCGUUCCGAUUGCCGUGUUUGUCUGGAGAGUCGUUCCCGAGCUCGCAAACACACGAGGUCGCCCAGUGGGCCAGUGAAUACUUUGACCGCGGAUGUUGCUGGGCCCUUUGCCGCAGGUCUAGAUGUUAAACAGGAGGCCCGUUAUGCCUUGGUGACCGUGUUCUCGCAAGCCGUUGAAGAAUCUGACCCCUCCGAUUUCCCGUUGCCCUCAUACGAAGAGGGUCUUGAGUUGCUGGAAUCAGAGGAGACAGAUGAGGUCGAUGAAGAGCUGUCCGAGCGUGAGGCCCGAGAGGCCGAUGAUAGGAAUGCUCACUGGAGGGAGGUGAUGGCUAAAUGCAAGGAGCCGGCCCGAAUACGCAAUUUCAUCCAGGCGAUUCCUUUAUCACGAAAAAAUCACCAUCAGGUUCUCCUUGGACUUCAAAAAUGCUAUACUCGUCUGAAGCACUUGGGUUUCGAGCCCACUCGUUUCCACUCAGAUCGAGGAAAAGAGUUUAUGGGAGAGGCCGUUACGCGGUGGAUUCUUGCACGUGACAUGAUGAAAACAACAACGAGCGGGGAUGAUCCUGCUGGGAAUGGCAAGGUGGAAGCAGCAGUUAAUGUUUUUAAGGCAGAGACGAGAGCUCUGCUUCACGCUGCAGACCUGGGGCCUCGCUACUGGCCGUUGGCGGCUAGGCAUUGGGCAGAAGACUUGUUCAGAAAAGCGUGUCGGUCGGCUGGUUCUGAGUCUCCUGAGCUUGUGCCUUUUGGAGCACGUGUGAUGGUAAGAAAAAGGUCGUGGAAGAUCGAUUCUUGGUCGACUCGUGUUUGUCCUGCGCGUGUGUUGGGGCCGUCUCCUGACCUUUUAUCCGGGUAUUUGGUGUUGCCGGAGAACCCUGAAGAUGGCAAGUCGCUUUUGAUAUCCAAUGUCCUUUUUAGCCAGGUUCGUUCUCCGGGCAUUGUGACUCUUGACGGCGUCGUUGAAGCUGCUCCUUUUGAGGGAUCGGGGAAAACUGAUGGCGCUCCUGCGCCUUCUGCGGCUGCAAAUGUUGAGCAGCCUGAUGUUGAAAAGAUCCCGACGCGCUCCGAUGCCGAUUCUGAGUUAUUGUAUGAGCCUGUGGGUUCUUCUGAGCGUACCUAUGCCUCUGGAGAUUACUGGUUGUUUGACAAGGAUAAAUCGGAAGUUACACGUGACUUGGGCCCCGAGCGUGUCACAAUUGCGGAGUUUGUCGAGGGAGGCAAAACAAUUAAAGUAGACCGCUGGAAGGACAGUGGCAAACAGUUCUUAUCGGAAGAUCACACGCAGCUUUGGGUUGGAAAGACCGUUUUCCGGGUUCUCACCCGGGGGGGAGUGCGUGCAGUUACACUUUUGCAAACGCCUUCAGACACGUUUUUGAACACUGCGUCUUCGGAGUCCCCACAAACCAGCCUUUUGGAGCCCAAAUUUGGGGCCUGUCCAAGUGUCUUUUACAACCAAGGUGCGCCGUUUGAGUGUUGGUGUGCUGACCGCGACUGCGAGGUGUGUCGGGUCAAAUACUGUACGCCUGUUCUUACCGUUUGCGAGUCGUCAGUUGUCUCUGAGGCCCGUAGUGCGCAUGAGGAGCUCUCUGUAGGUGCCGGGCGGUUGGCUGCAUUGACGGGAAAUCUCGUGGUCGGUAGUGGCCCGAAGCUAGCGGCACUGAGAGUGAUUGGUUCUUCCUUUGGUGGAACUCAAAGGGCUCUACAACCUCCUCGUGGCGAUCCGGUGCGCAGGUACGCUGUUGAGUGGGCCGAAAUCUCAGAGGCUACUGCCACUGCAUGGCGUGAAGCCCCAGAGAUUGUGUCUGAAGCGUUGCUGCAGCAUGAGCCCGGUCUGACUUGGAGGAGCUUGGCAGAGGAUUAUGUUGUCAAUCAGUUGUGGUUGGAUAUCCCUGACAGACCUCCUCAAGACAUUUUCGCAGGGUCCACCUUGAUUGCUCGCGCUCGAGUGUUCGUUGAAGCAGGAAACGGUGCCGGCUUGGAAGUCCUUACCCGUCGUUGCAAGCGUGUUGCUUUUGAGGAGCCAGGGGAUGCAAAUUUGCUCUGUGAUGAGCGUUUGGCCCGUCAGCGCUUUGAUGCUGCUUCCAUGCGUGCUUUGGUUGAUUUGUUGCCUGAGCUUCAGUUUGGUGAUCACGCUGGCCCGUCACCCGGUGUCGUUGAAGCUGAAAACCCUCCCCACCUGUUCGUUGCCGGUGUGCAUGUGUCUGGUGGAAAGAUCGAGGUGACUCGUUCGUGCUCUGACUUGCCUGCUGUAGUGAGGUAUAUGACAGCCUUUGUCCGGGCAAACAUUGAUGUGCCUUUUGCGGCUGUGUCUUUGUCGGAUGGUUCCUUGUUGGCCCCGUGCCGCGACGUCCACAACAAACGUGGAUCGUGGAACAUCACCCUACCGCUAAACGGUGGAGCUCUCUGGAUUGAGGAUCCGGAGUGCGAGGAAGCUGAGGCGGAAUGGGUGGAGUGCCUUCCCAAGUCAGGGACGCAUGUCAAAGGCACUGAAAGGCUGGAGCCAGCUGCAGCUGAACAGCUUGAAUUGCUUGGUUUUCCCAUCUCCCGUGUGCGGAAUCACAGGUUCGGGGGAGACGAGGCUGAUUUCGGUGAAGACUCAAAUGGUGCGGAUUGCCCUUCGCAAGGACUUGUUACAUCGAAUGCGUCGGCGUGUGGUGUUAGCGCCCGUGUUUCGUUGCUUAGCCUGUUGGCUUCCAGUGUCGUUCCAGUUGGCGAGCGCUCGGCGGAUCAGCUAGACGAUGAGUUCUGCUUGUUGGACGGGGAUGGACAGCCGAGUCACCGUAGUCUUGAGGCCGAGUUUGACUUCGAAGCCUUGUUAGACAGCGCUCAUCGCCUCCGCCAGGUGUUGCAUCAUGAAGAAAAGGCUUUGGUUGAAGAAGCUUCUUGCGGAGGUGGGUUGGAGUCUGUUGAGACAGUUGGUUACCUUCGAAAGCAGGUUUUGGCCCUAGAGCGUGCCGUUGAGGUCCAUGCUGUUGAUCAAGGCUUGGCAGAAGGAACAUACCCACGUUUUUGGGCAGCUAAAGCUGAAGCGCUGGUGGAUACCAGUGAAGAAGUUGCUUUGGAGCAGCAGUUCUUGCAGACGAAGACGUUGUCGUGGGCGGAUGUUGAGCCUGAGCUUGAACUGUGGGUGCCCCCGGCCCGAGAUGAGUAUGAGUGCCUUCUGCAUGAGUAUGGAACCGUGAGGCGCUCUACCGAACGGGAGUUGUCAGACCUUCAAGAGGCGGGCUACACUGUUGAGUGGGCUCCGUCAAAAAUGGUAUGGACCCGGAAAGCGGGGUCAGGCCGGAGACGUGCGCGAGCCGUAAUUUGCGGCAACUUUCUUGAAAGUCGCAAGGUUGAAGGUAGCCCAACGUUGGCCAAGGCCCCGGUGUUCACCAGUAACCUUGACGGUGUGUCCUUCCGUUGUCAGUUGCGCGUGGCCGGUUUGUUAACUUGGCAUGCAGCUACGCUUGAUGUCAAGAAGGCUUUCCUAAAUGCUGGCUUAAAUGAGGUUCUGCCUUCCAGGACUAUCAUAGCCACCACGCCCCCGAGGCCUUUGAUGCGCAUGAAAAUCUGCCCGCCGCAAGAGCGCUGGGUUGUUGAAGGCGCGUUUUAUGGACUCAGCGUGAGCCCUCGUGCAUGGGGCUUGUUGCGUGACCGUGAGCUUGGUCGGAUGCAUACCAUGUUUGAAGGCCAACAUGUGUGGCUCGAGCAAAGUCGUGCUGACGUGAGCUUGUGGUUGGUGCGCUGCGGCCCUGAGCUUCCUUCCCUCCCGGUCGUGCGUGAGGAGCCCUUGAGAACCCAUCCGAUGUCUGAAGAUUCUGCUGCGGAUUUUGAUCUGCAGGCUCCUUUCGGAAUCAUCGGGGUUUACGUAGACGACUUGUUGCUGACAGCAUCUAGGGAGUUGAUUCAGUGCUUGAUUGACAUGAUCACCCAAGUCUGGGAUUGUUCUGACCCUGAGUGGGCCAGUGAAGACCCAGUCAAGUUCUUGGGCGUUGAGGUGCGUCGGACGCGUGCGGGGGUCUUUCACGUGUCGCAGGAGACCUACUUGCUUGAUCUGUUGACGAAGUAUCCUCAGAUUGAGUUUUCUGCCGCUGCGCCGGUUGUUCCGCUUGUCGUCGAGCUUGAAAAGGACGUGAAGCCAGAGACCGUGAGGGCCGCACAAAGCCUAGCCGGCGAGUUAACAUGGGCAGCAUGCAGGCCCCGUUCUGGCCCUGGUCCUGACAAUGCAUACCGAGUUAAUGGCGCUGGACAUCUGCUUGAAAUGCACUGCGAUGCAAGCUUUGGUCCAGACUCUGGUCGUUCGCAAACUGGGUUGGUUGCCAUGUUUGCAGAUGCUGCUGUUGCUUGGCUCUCGCUGCGGCAGAGCACCACUGCAUUGAGCAGUGCCGAGGCCGAGUUGAACGGAUGCUUGGAGGGCUUUGUCCUAGGUGAAAGCGUGACUCCGUUACUCACCGAACUGCUGGGUCGUCUCGUCCAGCGGACGAUGAUGAAUGACAAUGUCUCUUGUGUGGCAAUUCUCCAGUAUCCUUCGGGCAACUGGAGGACACGUCAUCUUAGGCUUAAGGCCAGAGCGUGGAUCGAGCAGGUGGAACGUCAGGCUUGGAGGCUGUAUCACGUCCCUGGUACUUUGAUGCGCGGAGACGUCUUGACGAAACAGCUGCCUCAGCCACGCCUCGGUCCGUUGCUGCGCUUGUUGGGCAUGCGAGUUCCGGAGGACCUUGGAGAAUGUGAGCCUGAUGUGCGACUCUUGAGACCACCACUGUCAGCCGGCGAACUGACGUUGGCAGUUUCUGCACCUUGCUCCCCGGCUCAUGCGCUGGCGGCUUUGGUUUUGCUGAGCUUGGUUCCUGGUGCCGAUGGCUUUAAUGUGGCAGUCGAGACCGCUAGAGUUCCGAUGAUGUUGCCCGGAUGGGUAGUCAUCGUAGGCCUAGUCCUAGUGAGCUGGACCGUAGCUGCUUUGGGUUUCUAUGAGGGUCUUAAGUGGUUCCUCAAUGCGGCCUUGAGCUGGUGGCGUCGGUUGACCCGCCGGACCCCUGCAGCACUGUCUCCGUUUUCCUUUCCAGUUCAUCUCGAGGCCUCGCAAUCACCGGUUCGCGCCGAACUGCGUGUUCGCCGGCCCUCAGCUUCCUCAUCUGCGCAGGCCGCUUCGGAUUCCAUCGGCUUUAUGCCUCGUCCUGAGCCUGUGGCUCCUGACUUCUCCAGUCGACGUACACGUCGUGUAUCAGCUGGCCCAGGCCAUCGUUUUGCCAUUGCUCCCAAGGGCGGUGAGUGCUACCACACUCGGGACU